CUACUCUACUACCGGUACAAACUCAUUGACAUUGUCAUCAUGCAUUCAUGGUCAUGAUUUUCAAUGUCAAGAUGAACUUCCUUUUUCAAGAUUGAUGUUAACAACAACAACAUUAACACAGAAAUACGGGGAACUCCCGCCCGGCUUCAGAUAGCCAUAUCUAGCCUAUAGUCUAUACCAAAUGCUUAAAUAUUAUUAAGCUAUUUAGUAUAGCCGAGCGGUAGCUUAGCUAGCUUGCCGGCGCGGCCUGGCCGCCGUUGUCGAUCGCAUUUGCAUCGGGAACGAGCGGGCAGCACCACCAGCACCUACCGGUACACACGUGCACAAGCUGCAUGCGUGCUUUAAAGAAAAAUGGCUUCUCACCUGACAAAACUGAUCCGCUACGCCGGUGUGUUCACUGGUAUAAAUUCUAAGAUUUUGACUACCAGGCAGCUGUUGGUACCUGUAGCUCGAACAUUUAGCUCUCCUGCAGAUGAUCUCAAAGUCAGCUAUUUGGAUGAUGGAGGGAUUGUUGUAUUUGGAAUGAACAGACCUGCAAACAAAAAUGCGAUCAGCAGAAAUCUUCUUAAUCUAUUUGAAGAAGCAGUUGCCAAAGUCAGGUUUGAUAAUAAUGUGAGAGCACUCAUCAUUAGGAGUGAAGCUCCAGGAAUAUUUUGUGCAGGUGCUGAUUUAAAGGAGCGUGCUACGAUGGCCCAAGAAGAGGUUGGUCCGGCUGUUAGUCGCGGGAGGCAGCUUAUCCUAGAUCUGGGCAGCCUACCCUGCCCUACCAUUGUAGCACUAGAUGGAGUUGCUGUUGGGGGUGGCCUGGAGAUGGCGCUGAGUUGUGACAUAAGAGUUGCCUCGUCAUCAGCCAAGAUGGGUCUAGUUGAAACUAAACUCGCCAUCAUCCCAGGUGGAGGCGGAACUCAGAAGCUACCCAGGUUAGUUGGUCCAUCAAUUGCCAAGGAACUCAUGUUCACAGCAAGGACUCUAGAUGGAAGGGAGGCAGCUCGUAUAGGAUUGGUCAACCACUGUGUAGAGCAAGAUGAUAGUCAGGAAGCAGCUUUCAAACGAGCCUUGGAGCUUGCCAGAGAGAUCGCUACGCAGGGUCCAAUUGCUCUGAGAAUGGUCAAGAAAGCAGUGGACAAAGGUAUUGAGGUGGAUAUUGCAUCUGGACUUGCAUAUGAAGAAGCAUAUUAUGCUCAGGUGAUUCCGACCAAAGAUCGUAUGGAGGGCUUAAUAGCAUUCAAGGAGAAAAGGAAACCUAAUUUCAAAGGAGAAUGAUUUCAUGUGAAGUUUUUCCAUCAUCAUGGCGAUAGUGAAUCUGGGUUUUGUCUACAAGAAGAAUGAUCAGUGUUUUCAAUCGACAUCACAAUGCUUUGAUGACCAGUUCCAUUAGAUAUCAAAUGACUUAAUAAUAAGGAACAUCCACCGAAACAUAUAUUUCUGUGUCAGCCAGUAAUUGGCUUACAGUUAUUUUCUUGAUUUCUUGCCUACUACACCAGUGUAUUCACAUGUUUCCUUAUAUUGAUAUUUUGGUGGCAUUUGAUAAUAGACACGAUUCUUUAAAAUGCUCAAACACUUUGGAGGAAGGGACUUAUGAGUGGAAGAAUCAUGGUAUAUUGCAAAAGAUAAUUUGUAUCAUAAUCUAUGAGGUUUUUCUGGAUUGUCAUGAUUAGUAAAGAUAAAGGUACAGGUAAUAUAAGGUUAAUAUGAUUUUGCUAUAUACAUAAUCUUAUGUCUCAUCUUGCAUGUAAGGGGCAAUAUGAAUAUUUGUGAUAGCAGUACACAAGUAUUACCAAUGUUGAGUGUUCCUUAAAAGAUGUUAAAAAAGCAGGCAUGUUUAAUAUCAUUUGAUAAAAUUAUCUUUUUUUGUUUAAAUAUGGUUGAUCACAUUUCUUCUUUAAUUGAUAUUGUAUUCUAAGUAUUCACUCAAGUAUGUUGUAAUUUUGUUUCAGAAUCAGCUGCCAAAGUCCUUUCUUAAAUUUGAUUAUGUAUUUGUGGUACGUGCUCAGUUUUGUUUUGAAGUGAACAAAUCUUAAAACUCCAAUUACAUGACUUUUCCUUUACUGAUUGCAGAAACUUGCAUUUGAACACAGCUUUGAGGAAAAAUCAAAGCCAAUUAGAGGAACAAAAAAAUGAAUUUCAUUUGAUUUGAUUGUGUCAUUUUAAUGCUAUUCUUUGUGCAACUGUCUCCAGGUAUAUGUGUGAUAAGCAUGAAUUUAAUUGAAGGAUAUUUCUAUUAUGAUGUAAAUAUUAAAUGCAAAUAAAUCUGUACAGGGAGAUAUACUAUUCAGUAUUGUUCUCGUGAAUUCAUGUAGUAAGAACAUAACUUGAAUUGACAUUCAACUUAUUUUUGUUAUUUCCAGAAGAACUUUGAAGAAUAAACUAUAUGAAUAUCUGUUUGAA